AUGAACAGAUUCGGCCAAAUGUCGUUGGUACUGUUGGUUGUGGCAGCGAGCCAAGUUUACGGCCAAGUGCAGACCAGCACGCCUUGUUCACUGUCCUUCUAUCGGUAUCUGUUCAACUUGCCCGGUGAGAAGAUAAGACCUAACGUACCAGAAGGCACUUACAUGUUCGGCAAGCGAGUGGGCCCUGCCACACCGGAAGGUCAAGCCUCAGACAACCUGCCGUCCGUCGUCAAACCUGCACCGUCGUACGAAGCUCCUCUGUAUCUUCCGCCACCAACCACCACAACCACGACCACGACUACCACACUGAGACCGUCCACGGCGGCACCGGCGUACAUACCACCACCGCAGAGCCAAUACUACCCGUCCGAGUCCAUCAACACGGUAUCAGUGGUACAGCCCGCCAAACCAGCUUGCGACCAUCCCGAACACGUGCACGUCGUGGACACCGGACUCCUGCCACCAUACCAGGCCAAGUUCCAGCCACAGCCCACAUUUCAGCCACAGCCCACCUUCUUCGUGCCACGUUUCGCCCCCCCACCCAAGCCACAGGUAACAGUAUCCAUCAGCGACAACGAAAUAUACCCCGAACAGCGAAAACCCGUGGCCGUCCAGAGGUUUGCCGUUCCCACACCACCACCACAGUUCCUCCGACCAUACAUCGCACCGGCACCAGCUGCAGCCCCCGCUGAGAACUGUGAUAAACACGUUCACGUGCCCACGACUACCACCACAACCACCACCACGACACCAGAGCCCGAGCCCAGCACCGAAACGUUGGUUGAGACUCGUCAGAACGAGAUAUCCAUCGCGCCAGAUGCCAAGCACCCAGCUGACUGUGGCCACAAGCACCACAACGUUGUUGUCCAGUCCCUAGGAGUACCAUCCACUGACUACGGUGUGGUCUCAGCCCCUGCCGCCGUCCCGUCCGCGUCCGCCGGCUAUUCAUACGACCGGCCCAGCGAGCCACUAGCUUAUCCAUCGGCCGCAACCGGUUACACUUACCCCAAAGCCAGCCCAUCGUUCGAGUAUCCAGGUGCGUUUUCAGCACAGGGCACCGCCCUGUUCGAGUCCGAAUCACCUAAGUCGUCUUCUGGUGGCACUGAAGACGGUGACUUGGUCAUCCUCAAGGUCUAG